AUGGCGGCGGAGCCUGGAAUGGCCGCCGAGGCCUGCGUGGGACAAGUGGUUCUGCCCGGGGACGUGCUGCUUCUCCCCGCCCACCCCGACGAGGACGGGGAGCGGCUGCGGCUGGGUGCCGGCGCGGCCCCGCGGGGCCGUCUGCUAUGCGGGCCGGGCCUGCGGCGGUGCGGGGCCGGGCUGCUGGUGACUAAAUGCGGCCUGCUGCGGCACCGGCAGGCGGGAGGCGGCGCUGCUGCGGGCGGUGUUUACUGGGUGGACUCGCAGCAGAAACGGUAUGUUCCGGUCAAGGGCGACCAUGUAAUAGGAAUAGUGACGGCCAAAGCGGGGGACCUGUUUAAGCUGGACGUCGGGGGGAGCGAGCAGGCGUCGCUGUCCUACUUGGCUUUUGAAGGCGCCACGAAGAGGAACAGGCCGAAUGUGCAGGUGGGAGAUCUUAUUUAUGGGCAGUUCCUUGUAGCAAAUAAAGACAUGGAACCAGAGAUGGUCUGUAUAGAUAGCAGUGGAAGAUCAACUGGGAUGGGAAUAAUUGGACAAGAUGGUUUCCUCUUUAAAGUUUCCUUAGGUCUAAUAAGAAAACUCUUGGCUCCCAAAUGUGAAAUAAUUCAAGAGUUGUCACAAUUGUACCCAUUUGAGCUGGUGCUGGGAAUGAAUGGAAGAAUAUGGGUAAAAGCAAAAACAGUUCAACAGACUUUAAUUAUAGUAAAUAUUUUGGAGGCCUGUGAGUAUAUGACUGCGGAACAGAGAAAACAAGCGCUUGCCAGAUUGUCGGGGAGAUAGAGAAAACCUUGAAGAUUUGUUUGAGAUGACCAUAAAGUGUUUUGGCUAUUUUUGUUAUCAGAUUUGUAU